AUCAAGAGACUAUAAUAUUGUUUAAUUGUGAUUGGUAUGACACGAAUCAAGGAAUACGUGUCAAUGUUGAACACGGAAUUGUUGAUGUCAAUCAAAGUCGCGGAUAGAACUACCCGGGGAUGGUUGGCAGCAUGUAAAAUCAAAUCUAGACAUCUAAUUGAGACCUCAUCUAUCUCAUCUUCAGGAGAGGUUGAUGAUAUUUUUCAAGAUAAUGACCCCUCCAUAAUGCAAGGCUUUUCAUUAGCUAUAAAUUUAACUGCAUACCAAUCACUUGAACUAUGUGCAGAAGGUGUUACAGAAGUUGAGGUUGAUGCUAAUACGUCUGAAGAAAAUGAGGACUAUGGAGAAGAAAAAGAUUUAGAAUCCUCAGGAAAUAGUGAUAAUGUUGAGGAUGAUAAUCGCCAUGUGCGAGAUGCAUUCCUAAAUUCUAUGAAACAUAGAUGGAGUGACAAUCUCAGGGAUGAGAAGUUGAAAUGGGACAAGAACUCAGCCUAUGUCCCAUGUUGGAUCCCAACUCAUAUAUGGCCUCAAUUGUUGACAUAUUGGGACUCUGAUGAAUAUAAGAGGCUCAGUUUAAGGGGAGCAAAGAAUAGGAGCUUUGGGAAAAGGGUGACUCACACCACUGGAUUGAGUCUAGAGGUGGUGUGCAACCUCCCCAUCAGGAGAAAUUCAAGGAGACGCACACCUUCACAAAAAAAGGCAGGAAAGAAUCAAGAGCCAGCGUGGAUCAAUGAAAAAGCAAAGUAUCGAUAUGAUACUUAUUUUGCGGAGUGCACAGAUAGUCAUGGCUCUGAUGCUAGUUCGUGGCCACGCAUGGAUAACGAGGCAUGGGUUAAAGCUGUUGGAGUUUGCUCAUCUAAUUUCAUGCCAGGGAUUGGCUCCCAAGUAAAUCCAGAGAUUGUUGGUUUUACUUACAGGAAGAGACAACCUCCAGAAAACUUAAUAGCAGCACUGAUGGCGUCUGACUAUGAGGAGAUACAGGCAAAAGAUCAUGAGGAGUUAGAAAGACAACGCCAACAAAUUGCUCUGAUGCAACAGCAGUUGGCCAAUAUGACAGAAGCUCAGAAUAAUAUGAGCCAAGCAAUUGCACAGUCUGUUGCAAUAGCUUUAGCCACUCAUGGCAUCUCCCCUCAAGUAGGUCAUCAUCCAAUUGCCCCACCACAACCGUCACAUGGUCUUGGCUCAGGUCUUCGCAUGAUUCAGCUUUCACCUACUCCACUAAUUCUACACAAACCUCUCCUAUGGUCCCUGAAUAUCAGCAGCAGCGGCAGUUUCCGCCUCAAAAUGAUGAUGCAUACCAUCCUACUUUUGAUCUAGACUAUCAGGGUCUUUAGUUUUUUUUAUUUUUCUACUACGCACAUUAUCUGGAUACUUUGCAUGAUUGGCUUUAUUUCUAUUAGUACUUUAAAUUGUUAGCUUUAGCUUUUAUUACGAUAUAUUUUCUUAUUUUGCUUGACCUCCAGUGAUCAUAUUUCAAAAGGUAUGAAAUUUUGGACUGCUUUGGAGGUUAAUUAUUAUUAACUAAAUAUCGUGGGUAUUU